AUGAUUCCUAAAGCUCUUUCUCGCUGCUUGACUAGGCUUGAGCUUCUGGCCACAUUUGUGUGCUUGCUCCGUUUGACGCAAGAUGCGCAUGGAAGAGGUAUACCUAAAAAUCAACGUGGAAUUUGGAAUACAGUAGCUGAGAAGCAAGUCGGGACAAGCAGUGAAUUUGUCAAAAGAUCAUUACUAAAAGAAUGCUACCGGGGCAUUACACCUGUUGAGGAAUCAAGAACGGAAGAAAAUGCUCUACUGGUAUCCGAUAUCAAGCCGCUGGCGCACAAACCCAACAUUGAGAUUUCAAAGAACACUUUGAACACAGAAAAUGUGAAAGGCGUAAAUGAGAAUGGAAGAUUCAACAGAAAGUUGUUGAGUUGGUUAGCAUGUGGAGCCGAUUCUUGUAAAUACAACUUGGAGGAUUUUGACAAACCAUUUAUGGCUCGAGAUAGAUUUAUGAGUAGGAUUAAAAAACAUCGAAAUAAGAAACAGGUGAUCAAACCAACAUAUGCGCAUCAGUUAGGGGCUGUUGAGAAAGAUUUCUCGGUAAACUCUAACGUGGAUAAGGAGUACUUUCAGCGACACGACAGGAUUUUCUCCUCUAAAGGAACAUCCCCGUCAAGUAGAUCAACCACAAGUGAAGAAGAAAAUGAUGAUGAAACUUUCAGCUUUCACCCUGACGGUGGAAGAUCACUCCGGCUCGAAGAACAAAGAUCACCUUCUCCAUUCCUAACGCACGUAGGUGCCAUAUGA